CUGGAAUGUACCGAGGCACACGGAGCUUAACUCUUGUACAACACGGACGUCAGCUGCAGGUAGCCACCACACGCUUACACGCCACAACGUUCUCGUGAGAAGAGUUGUAGAGUUCCACUAUGAUGGGGAAGGUGGCGCUGACCGUCACCUGCCUCCUUACAUUACUCGCGUCAGGGAGUUGUCUCCUGUGCUGGGUGUGCUUACCGGAGGUGGUCGGAGGCACGGACAGCAAGGACGCCGCAGUAAAGUGGAUUGCAAAUAUCAGCCGCACCUGGGAAGGAGUAACGCAGGAAGACCUAGGCUUAUGCAGCCAAUUCACUGACUCGGACAAGUUUCAUCAAUACUGCAGCCACGGCAUAGGAUACACUGCUUGCAUCAAAGUCUUUAACGAUCUUUGGACAGCCCGCACAUGUGGCCGCCUCCCUACUGGGAUGAAGGAUGGAGGGUGUGUAAACAAUGGUAACUACACCGUCUGCUACAACUUGCUUGACUACUCCAACAAAGCUUCAUCAUCAAAAGCACUUCCUCUCUUGCUGUUGCUGCUGCCCACUCUCACCAUAACUUACUAACUCUAAUCUUACUCUGACUUUCAGGAAUCUAGCGAGAUUGUUAUCUAAGCUAUAUUUAGCUAGCGUUACUAGCGUAACUAUUGUUCAUACCAAAGGUCUUUUUUUUUCACUUGGUAAAUAUGUGAUUUGCUUCAAAAGGAAGGUUCUGGUUGUUCAUAAAGAAAAUGUAGAGACAGUGCUUCGGAAUAAAGUUGACAUCUCUCACACCUUCCCCAAAAUGGCAAACUAAGGUCCUCUCAUAUCCUUGGAAAGAGACCUUGUUCCGGCACUCGACUGCCUUGGGUGAGAGCGUAUACUGUACAUGGUAAUUUGUAGGAAUAUAGGUAACAUCUCCUGCUCAGGGUGUUCUUGAACUAUGUUCAAUUUAUUAAAACAAUAAUAUUUUGUGUGUAUCUAAAUUCCUAGCUAAAACGAACCUACCAAGCUUAACCUUAACUAAAUAUUACAUCAUCGUUAGGUAAAGCUACAUAGGUUAGUUUCAUUCAUCUUACGUCGUAUAAAUCGUAUACGCUACUGCAGUAUGUCCAACAUUUCUCUUUGAUUAUAGAAACCAUUUUUAUAGAUGAUUGUCUGAAUAGAAUACCACUUACCCAUAACUCGCGGGUAGAAGAGAUCACCAACCUCUAACUGGCUGUCGAUGUGACAGUAACUUGGGGUCCUGGAGAUGAUGUUUUUAUUAUUGGUGAGGUGAUAAAAACAUUGUUUUAUGAGAGAGACCCAGACACCUCAGACACCUCAACACUCCAUUUAAGACUACAGUACAUGUACUGUACUUUUACAGCUGUAGAAGUAAUUUGUUGCCCUUAAACGUAGGAACUGCCUGUCUGCCUGUUAGAAGUUAUGGUACAGGUAUAUGGUAUACUUAAUCCUUCUCGCGUUUGUUUUAUGUUGUUACAACUUUCCCAGUUUUUGGGUUUCCAAUUUGUAUUACUUUUGAGUGUUAUUGGAGUUAAUAAAGAAUUAUUACCAA